AUGUCAAGUCACGAUAUCCUGCAAAUACUUUCAAAAUUAAAGUCAAAACCAAAGCCCUGCACUUGGAACAGAGGCUUUUCUGGAAAUCGGAGUGAUACAUCUUGUUCUAAUAGUUACUCUUUGGUAGGUCAGUCCGGAAGACUGGUGUCCGGCGAUGAUGCGCUAAAACGAGUAAGUUUAUCGCUUAAAAUUGGCCUUUGUGUGGCCCAUUUACGUAUCUUAAAGAUAACUUUGUGUUCUUGAUAUAUCGAAUUUUGACUGAGUGGCUGUUCACAUGACAAACGAUGUUUAUCUAUAGUGUUAUUGAUUAUUAGAGGAGCAACUUGUUUUUAAGCGGAGGUAAGUUAGCCCCGGUGUAAGCUAGCAGAAGUAGCUUUCAUCAGGAUAAGUUGGUGAAACUAUUCUUUGUUAGACGGUUCGUUUAUAAUAAUUCACUGUCGGUGUGUAACAGCGGACUCAGACACGAUGUCCAGCCGGUUCUUUCAGAUUCCGUUUGACAGGUGUUGUGUUGCUGUUAGCCUCCUUUACUCAGAAGAUUGUUUUUAGCUAGAGAAGAGACAGGGGUGGGGUGUUAAUAAUGUCGGGAAAUAAAUACCACCGAAGCUUUUUAAUAUCAGGAAGUAACAACGCGUGAAUGUGAUUAUGUAAGUAAACAAAAAAACUGGAAAUGACCCAUGAACUUUAAGAUGGUUGUGUGGGAGAGAGUCAACAGAGGCUCACUAUUGACUGACCGUGAUUGCCUGAGUUUACUGAGGGCCAACGGUCGGAAAACAAACUCUUUCUUUGACUAAAAACAAUUUGAUAUCAAAGUCUGAGCAUCCCACAACAAAUAUUUCAACACUAUUACUAAACAGCUGGCUGCUGGGUUUUAGAUCCUGCUUUAUGGGCCAUCAUAAGUUCAUCCCUGUAAACAAUCUAAGACUUCUCCUCAGCGUGUUAAUGUUUUAUAUUAACAGUAUUAUUGCCAGUAAAAGGUUUCAACUUGCCUGUAAGACCUUUGCUCUUUAUUUUCACAGCAAAAUAAAAAACAGAGUUACCUUGCCAAAAGCUCGGAGGUUUUAAAGAUGAGUCAGACUAACCCAGUGAUUCUCAAGUCCAGUCCUCGAGGCCCACUGUCCUGCAUGUUUUGGAUGUUUCCCUGCUCCAACACACCUGAUUCAAAUGAUCAGCUCGUUAUUAAGCCAUUACAGAGCUUGAUAACGAGCUGAUCAUUUGAAUCAGGUGUGUUGGAGCAGGGAAACAUCCAAAACAUGCAGGACAGUGGGCCUCAAAGACUGGACUUGAGAACCAGUGGACUACCCUAUAUGCACAAAUAGUCUCUCUUAACCACACCGGUCUCUCUGAUGUGACAAGCUUGACACAAAUCUAACAACAGAAUAGCAUCACAAUGCAUCACACAAGUAUUUCUGUCUCCUACAUCUCGUAAAGUUCACUGUUGUGAGGUGAGAAGAGACUGCAAACAAAGAAGCAUAAGCACAUCCACUUCCAACUAUGUUACUCCACUUUUCUGAAUGCAGACACAUGUUUUCUCCUCUGCCUUCAUCAGGAAAGAGGGUUAGUCAUGAUCAACAGUUUUGCCCCCUUUGUUGCAGGAGGGAGUUUCCUGUCUCACCGCAGGAAUGCCUGGUGGAGAGUAUGGGGAACUCGGGGGGAGCCUCCCCGCCAUCGCCUCCUUGAAUGCCUCCUACUCUACGUCCAUGUCCCUCCCGUCCCCGUACAUGCUGAUUCCACCUGCAGAGCGCAAAGCCAUCUCCGACGUCCGCCGCACCUUCUGUCUGUUUGUGACGUUCGACCUCCUCUUCAUCUCUCUUCUGUGGAUUAUUGAGCUGAAUGUGAGUCUGAAACCUGAAGGGUUUAGUCUUGUGGUUAUUUUUCAGUUUGGUGACGAUGUGCUUUGUUCUGCAGAUCAACAGCUCAAUCUGGGACAGUUUGGAGAAUGAGGUGGUCCAUUACAACUACAGGUCUUCCUUCUUUGACAUAGUUGUAAGUCUGUUUGUGUUGUUUGGUUGAGCUGCAGAUGUUGAUCUUAUGACUACUUUAUUGAAAGAAGGGGAGAAAUCUUCCACCUCGUGAAAUCGUUCUGCUGUCAGCUGUGUGUUUUUCUCUUCCUUCCUCCUUGUCUCAGCUCCUCGCUGUGUUUCGCUUCCUGUGUUUACAAGUGGGUUACGCUGCUUUCAGGUUGAAGCACUGGUGGGUUAUUGCGGUGAGUGAACUCAUUCCCAGUUCGACACGUGAUGAUCGUAUGAAGCUAAGCAGGUCAGGACAUCUUUUUAACCUUCCUCUCUCUGCAGAUUACGACUCUGGUGACCAGCGUCUUCCUCGUUGUUAAGGUCAUCAUCUCCAAUGUGAGUGCACCUGACACUGUGGCAUCAUUGUGUGUUUGUGUGUGUGUACUUUUAUGGUUUUAUAGCUUCAUGCACCUCAGUAAAACAUAUUUACUUUUUCAUUUGACGGACGGUUUACAGUCCUCAUAUCAAACAUCAGGGAAGUGAACCAGCUGCUACUUCUGUCCUGGAAGUGUAUCAGCCUUUUUGCUUCUUUCACAAGCUUCAGGGUGACGUCUUUUCUGUUUAUAGCUCCUGUCCCAGAAUGCAUUUGGCUACGUGCUCCCCAUCACUUCCUUUGUGGUGGCCUGGUUGGAGACCUGGUUCCUGGACUUUAAGGUCCUCACUCAGGAGGCUGACGAUGACAGAGGUGAGAGAGAUUCUUGACAAGUUUGAGACUGACUUGGCAAAAAUCUGUUUGAACUUAAAAACAACUUCCUGUGAUGUCAGCCUACCUAGCGGCGGUGAACGCAGCCUGCGAGCGAGCUCCCAUGAUCUAUCCCCGAGCAGUUUCAGAUGGACAGUUCUACUCUCCUCCCGAGUCCAUGGCAGGUGAUGUCUGCUCGUCUCUCUAGAUCUGAUUGUUAUUAUUUUGUGCUGAGUCAGGGGUAGUUUGUGCCUCAUGUUCUCUUUGUGUCUUCAGGCUCGGAGGAGGAUCUGGACGAGGAGGGGCUUGGACGCAGAGCAGUCACAGCUCAGGUACCUGCUUCAGUCCGAGGGGUCUCUGUACUCUCCUCUUCUGAUCACAACUGAAGAUCAUUUAUUUCCUCCUCUGACUCUCUCACCAGGAAAAGGAGUUUGUCCGGCAGGGCAGAGAGGCCAUGUCUGUGGUAGAGCAGAUCCUCAGCCAGGAGGACAACUGGAAGUUUGAAAAAAACAAUGUGAGUGUGUGAAUCAGCUUCAGCUAAUAUGAAUUUAUUCAGUCUUUGUUAGGUUGCUGUAAAACACAUCAGCCUUAGAGCUCUCACAGGUGGUGGAAACCUCAACGUUUAGGUAUUUGAAUCCAGGAAAACUCUGACUUAGAAACAUCUGACUGUGUUCUGACAACAUUAUAACUCUGGAGACGACUUUGGCUGUAAAAUCGACUAUUAAAGUCCCAUUCAGAUUGUUUUUAGUUCACUAUUUGAAGUGUUCUCAGUGGUAUUUAAGUUGUGAUUAUAAAGUUUAUAGCCAAAGUCAUGUUACCUGUGUCAUUUUCAAGGGUUUGUUUGGGUCUGCCAGAGAUUCACAGCAAUGUGAAUGUAGAAAUACUCAGAAAUGCAAUUUUGCACUUAGUUUGCUCAUGAUAUGUCCUGUAGCAUGAGAAAAAUUCCAUACGAACAUGUAGACAACAAGAAAAAUAGGAUUUUUAUCGGAGUGGGUCUUCAAAGAAGUGUUCAGACCAAGACUUUGCUUCUGUUGGGAAGUGACAAAACAACUUUUAAUGCUUUUUUUUUUGUCUAAUGCGAAUCACAUCCCUGUUGGGUUGCAGAAUUUUCAGAGGAAUCUGAACUAAGCUGAAACUCAGGGAAUGCCCUUUGAGCGCAGAGAUUGAAACUUAAAAUAAAGGGAACUUACACGUGUGUGAAGAGUCUUUUUGUAUGGUCUUUUUUUUGUAUGGUUUAGUCUUCCAUUGUAAGCAUCAUGAAACUGACUCUGUUUGUGUUUCUCCUCAGGACAUGGGAGACUCCGUCUACACUUUGGAAAUCCCUUUCCAUGGAAAGACCUUUAUUCUGAAGGUGAGCUGCACUGUGUGUGUCUGCUGUGAGUCUGUCACACCAGAACAUGUGACACAAAUAAACCUAAACCACAGUCUCAGCACUGUAAUCACUGUAAUUAUCAGUAGUUGACAUUGAUGCCAUUUAUCAUGAUUAUUCCCAUCUCAUCUUACUCAGUUUCAUUAGUGUGUUUAUUUACAGGAUUAGUUUGAUCCAUGGAUUGAGGGAACUGUUAUUGACUUAUUUUAUUUCGUUCUUUAAGGGACCCUCAGCAGUAUUAAACAGAAGUGUUGUUGCCAUUUGAUGAAAGCUAAUUUACAUCUGCAGUCCCUUGCUAAUUAGCACAGGCUUUGUAGUAUUGCUUAUAAAAUCCUGUCAAAGUGAUUGAAGUUCACUCUGGUGGAGCUGUGAGGGUGUGAAUGAGCUCUUAAGUGCACAGUGAUCAAUCAAUCAAUCAAUCAGUCUUUAUUUAUAUCAGGAAUGUUCCCAGCGAUUAAUUUCACUGACGUUUAAACAACCAUUUUGAAACCGAAUACACGAAAAUGAAUUAACUCCCAGAAAAUAGCCCAAAUUGAGCACAUGUCGAUCUAUUAAGCCAGAUAUCAUCUGAAAUAAAUAUUGAGAGUACAUGAAAGCCAUGCUUAUAAUAUUAAAAUAUGUUACAAAAACUUAUUUUAGCGAUGGAGAAUGACAUAAAGUACGUGAAAGAUUAAAGCAAUUGAGCUUCGCUCCGCUGCACUCAAGCCAAGCAGCCACUUGUGUGCCAUCUUUAUUUAAAUCAAAAUACUUCCAAACUUUGCUCUUUUUUCUCCCCGACAUCGCUCUGGCUGAUCGCAUGUGUUGAUUCACUCUGAGAAAGUUAACCCACGAUGCAAUGCAUGCUGCAGGCCAGCGCUGCGAGCCCAGAGCAGCGAGCCAGGCGGAAAGAGUCGCACGCAAAUGAGCCACACAUUUCAGCUUGUUUAAUGCACGCUUUUAUUAAGACAUGACGGUAAAAACGUAAUUUAAAAAAGAAACCUUUUUUUUUCGCUUUUUUUCUUUUUUUCCCCCUUUUCUUUUUCUGUUUUUUUAAUAGAAUAAACGAAUAUUAUUUACUAAACGGAUAGUAAGGACAGCCCCGUUUACACAAAUAUAUCCGAAUAACCGCGCACAUCCCUAAUUUAUAUAGAACUUUUCAUACAAAAGCAUUCUCAUUCCCACCACACGAUCUAAGUACAACAGAAAUAUGUAUAAAAAUGCAUGAACUUGAAAAGGGCUCAAUUUCAUAGAAACAGGAAUGUGCCCACUGAGGAAACGCCUUUUUUAAAAUUAAGGUAAGGAAACACUAGAGGUUUAUGUUUAAAUCUAAAAUCAAAGUUACAUAAAAUGAAAUUUAGAAAUAAUAAAUAAAAUAAAAUGAAAUAAAAAAAACAGUAAAAGAUAAUAAAGUAAGAGCACCAAAAUAGCUCCAUAAAAGAUGAUCCUAACAUUUAAACUAGAAAGAGAUAAAUGCUAAACACUUAAUCAGAGUUAAUGAUAUAAAAUUUAGUUAAAAGCGAGACUAAAAAAAAAUGAUGGAGUAACCGAGAUCAAUGAGGGCUUGAAUUAGGUCAGGUAUUAUAAAGAUUUCCUGGUCCACUAAUGUCAGAGCGAGUGGAGUCAUGUUGUUAAGGUGUGUUUCACUUCUUUAGAGCAGAGGGGAUCCACAAGUUCACAAUCAGAAAACAAAGGGACAUCAUGAAAGUGAAAUGAAGAAAACUCCCAUUGUGUAAUAAGACCUGCUAAAAAUGAGAUUGUAUGUUAUUCAGUGUAGUUGAAUUAACCAAAGUAUUCAUAAUUAAUUAAAACAGAAUAAAAUUAGAAAUCAUAGCAGUGACAUAAGUUUGAAUGGGUUAUUAUUGUAUCUGUCGUUAAAGGAUUAAAUUCAGCCUCCUGAAUAUAAAGUCUAUCCUCUGCUCUUCAUAUCCAUUUAUAAAUUAAAUUCAAAUUAAAAUGACUCUUAAACCACAUGUUGAUCAGCUUGACUCAUCACAGCCUCCGCUCACUGUUUACACAUUAGUUUUACUUUUUGUUACACAGAGAGAGUUAUUGACAGUGGUUUCCAUGGCAUUAAACAAGACGGAAAUAUCACUCUGAUUUGUUAAGAAAUUACACAAUAACUUUUGUCCAAACAAAAGCCCAGUAUGUCUGAAGAAGGAACCACAACACUGCAGGGUUUUUCCAGCCGGACAAUGAUUGACUAGCUGAAUAUGUCAGAUCAUGUGGUCAAGAUUGGGCCUGAACAACAACGUCUUUUCUUCCCAUUUCCCAUCUUUUUUACGCCGUUCUCCAGGUUGUGUGAACUGUAUUUUCAUUGCUCCUGACUCACAGCCAUGCGCUUGUUUCUGCUGCUUUGUCUUCAGGCCUUUAUGCAGUGCUCUGCUGAACUUGUGUAUCAAGAGGUGAUUCUGCAGCCGGAGAAAAUGGUCCAGUGGAACAGGACUGUGUCUGCCUGUCAGGUGACAGCUGCAGCUUCUUCUGCCAUCUUUUUGUCACCUUUCUCAUCGUGUGUGUGUGUGUGUGUGAAUACUCUAAGUCUAAUGGUCGUGUCCCCCUUUCACCUUAGAUCCUUCAAAGAGUCGAUGACAACACUCUGGUGUCAUACGAUGUCUCAGCAGGAGCAGCUGGGGGAGUCGUGUCUGCUCGGUAUAGCCAUCUUCUCAUCUCUGCUUCUCUUUUCUGUCUUUUUAUCUUUUUUUGGCAUGCAGACUGCGAGUCUAAAUGAGACACAUUGAUUGUCUGAUUGAUUUUCUCCCUUCAGGGACUUUGUUAAUGUUCGGAGGAUAGAGCGUAAAAAGGACUGCUACCUGUCUGCUGGCAUGGCAACCGACCAUGACGCCAAACCUCCAAGCGGUCGCUAUGUCAGGUCAGACUCCACCUCUCACAGGGCUUCUUGUCUCCGAUCCAGUAAAUUAGAACAUCGAUUUGACAAAAGUGUGUUAGUUUUCUUUUCAUAACUUUUGUGUCUUUCUCUGUGACCUCAGGGGAGAAAAUGGCCCAGGAGGAUUUAUAGUCCUCAAAUCCAGCAGUAACCCAUCAGUCUGCACCUUUAUCUGGGUCCUAAACACAGACUUGAAGGUGAGAAGAUAAACCUGCAGCUGAACAGACUGGAAACAUUAAACCUCCUGGUUUGUAAUGAACACUUUUGUGUCUCCUCAGGGUCGACUUCCUCGCUACCUCAUCCACCAGAGUCUGGCUGCCACCAUGUUUGAGUUCAUGACUCAUCUACGCCAACGCAUCUCUGAGCUGCGGCCUUCUCUCCGCUCCCACCACCAUAUAUAAAACAGAGGAGCCGUCUAAGCUAACCGUAGCUGGAUGAGAGAUCUCACUGCAGGUUUCUCUAGGGGCGCAGCAGGACCCCUUUGAGGCUUUUAAAGCUGAAGCCAUGUGCGGACUGUAGCUGAGAGGACUUAAUCCAAGCACCUGUGAUCGCACAUUCAGCGCAUGUGAGUCACAAGAGAAGAGGAGUGAUUCAGUAAUCAAAAAGGAAGUAUGAUUUUAUGUGGACCUGUGGUCUCUCACUGUGCAAUGAGAACUGUGUAUCCUGAUCCUGCCGAGUCAUUGGCUGCAGGGUGGACAUUACUGAAACAAGAAAACAGAUGAAGUGAUUCUCGCUGGGUGGGCGCCUGUCUCACUUGUUACAAAGAAGUCAUCCUGCAGCUGUGGCAUGAAGUAGCUGUCUCUCUGAGCCUUAUCUCUUGUCUGCCUUUUUUACUCCCUCAUUCUUUUCACUCUUUUGGUUUGAUUUUUUUCUGUGCAUGUUUUUUUUUUUUUUUAAACGUGCCUCUGGUGCACAGAUAUACUCUUCACAUUUGAAUACGUAAGAGCCAACUCCGCACAGUGUAUCCUGCUUUACUACACUGUGUCAAAUGAGGAGGAAAGUCAUCUGACCACCACUGGAGGGAGACACCACUGAACUGUACAGUGAAAGCCUCAUGGUUUUACAUCUUCCCUCAAAGCGAGGGGGUGAAAACCUCUCUACUAACACGUUGUGAAUUCACUCAGAGUUUCUGAUGCUGUUUUUUUUUCAUGCCAGAAGGCUCAUAGUCUGUGUCACAAAUGCAUUAUCAUGCUUGGUUCAUAUCAUGCUGUAGAUCAUAAAUUAGUAUCAAGAGCUCGUUCUGUGUGCCAAUAACCUGAAGUGCCCUUCUGUUAAAACAGCAUAACUGAUUCAUUGUCAAACAUUAUUACUGUUUACUGACCUAACUUCCUUUUGACUGCAGUGCUUAUGGCCCUGACUGGGGGGUUUUUCUACCACGUCUUGCUUCACACAUCAGAGUUUUCUUUUUAAAUCAUUAAAAUUUUGCGUCUAGCUUGUGAAUUAGUUUUGCUUCAAAGUUCUCACCUCUGAGACAAAAUGGUAUAUGAAGUGACCCUUUCAGUGGGCCCAGGGUCAUGGUGUUGUGGUUCAGAAUACUGUAGAAGUGAACCAAAGAGAGUGAUUGUUCUUCCGUCUACUUUCUUUGAAAAGUCACACUUCAAAUGGAGCAUCUUCAUGGGUGUAAACCUGAUGCUGUGAGUGAGAAGGGCUCAUUUAUCACAUCAUGAGACGGCCACAUGGCACUGGGGUGUUGUACUUUGUAAGCACAGGUAUUUGCCGGUGCUACAAUCACAGUCAGAAAUGAUUACGAUUACUUCAUAGAGACCUAAUAUUUUGCUGUUGAGAUUGAUUUUAGCUUCAUACUGUAAAGAGGGAGUUUCAAAUGAAGGUGAUUCACGAUAUCAAGCAUUUGGGGCCUUUAUCAGAGUUGAAUUACAUCUUCAACUUCCUUUUUUCUUUGCGUUUUUUAAAAGUGUUUAAUCAAUGUUUGAUUUAUUCAGUAAAAAUGUACUAAAUGCAUAUGAUGUGGAGCCUGCUCGUUAUUACUCAUUUUCUGUUUUCUGUCAUUAAAUCUGUGAAUGUAUGUAUCUAUAUGUUUUAAUUUAAAGCCAUCACACACAGGAAUACUGACCAACACUUUCUCAGUCUUAAAUGGUGUCUUAUGUCUAAUAAAAUAUACAAACUCAUGAUGGUGUUUGAAAAA